CAGCAUACAACUUCCACUGCACGUCGUUUCCUUUUCUUCUGCAUACGCCUGUUUGUGUAAUAUCUGACCUGGUGUCAGGUUUCUUUCAGGAGCAUUUAUGUGAGGCUAUCUCAUAUUGUUUCUACUGGUGAUCUUCAUACUUAGGGUUCUGCUGCGCAGACGCUUCCCAUUUCUUGACCUUUUUAAUUAUCUCUCGUUUUUAACGGUGCGCUAUUGGAGAUGGAGUCUUCUGCUGGAUCGGAUAGACAUAUGGAAGGUGACAGGACAGGAAACAUCGACACGACACCUCCGGUUAUGAAGGGCUCGUUGCGAAAGAUGCUCUCCAUACCCGAAUCGCUGCGUAUCCUGACAGAUCCGGUGCAAGAUUUAUUCUCGCUACCUAUUGCCUUUCCCUCCGGCUUAAAGUUGCCUCAACUGAGUCCUGAUACAACCGAAAGAGUCUUUCCCAUCCGCUCAGUUGUCUCUGUCGAUUCUUCUACGCCAUCUUCUACGUUACAAACACCUUCGUUGGAAAGCUCAGAAAGACAGAUAUCGCCGUUCUCGGAAAUUUCGUCGACUUUCUCGAUAGGGAGAGACAGAUCCAAUAACCAACCGAUAACCCCAGCGACCGACUAUACGAGCUACACGUCGCCUACUACCGAAAAUGGAAUAUCGGGUGACAGGUGGGGAUGCGGAAUCCUUGCCAGUCCUGAGUCUUCCAACAGGAAAGACUUAAGCCUCGCAAAUCUGCAACACAUUCAGCAAGUGGACAGAACCAUCGAGACGGCACAUAAGCUCAGGGACAUGCUGCAGGAAUCUCGGAAUGAAAGGUCUGUCUACCCAUUCGGUGCAUUGGUGGUAUUGAAAGAGUCUGAAGGACGGCUGCUUGUUCAUGCUUCGAGCAGAAAUACAGGGGAGGUCAUUGGCUAUACUCCCAAAGAGCUCUUUCUGCUCGAAUCUUUUUGCAAUAUCUUGCGACGAGAUCAAAGAACAACAUUCCUGAGUCACACGAAGUCUAUCGGAGAGAAGUGCUACGACGUUGAGCAACAUGGUCCAGAUGUCCUUGAUUUGACCGUCACCACGCGAAACGGAGAGUCAAAGGACUUCUGGUGCACCAUUCAUGCCAACAAUGACAGUACGGACUACAUAAUCUGCGAGAUCGAGCCACAACAGAGCUUAUCAGACAGCAUUAGCGACAAUGAUGAUCCAAAAUCUCAACGUCCAACGCACAGUAAAGCAAGGAUAUCCGCAGCACCACACAAAGAGACGGACGACGCGUCUGAGGCUUUCGAUGUGUUCAGGACGCUCGGACAGACCAAAAAUGGAUUCGAAUACUCAAAUAUCCUCAACGCAGUAUCGAGAAUCAUCCAGCUUACUUCGACCGCACAAUCUGUUGAUAUGCUAUUCAAUCGAGUGGUCAGGGUCCUCAAAGAGCUUACUGGAUUUAACCGGGCCACGGUGUACCGAUUCGACAGUGAUUGGAACGGCAUUGCCGUGGCUGACCUUGCAGACCCGGAAUUGUCGGGGGAAACUUGCGAGGAUAUGCACUUCCUUGGCUCUAUGUUCUCUGAGGACUUGCAAACACUUCACUCACGAAACAAAGUCCGUCUUUCAUACAACCGUAGACAGAAUCUGCCUACUGGGCUGGUAUACAGAAAACCUGGUUCUGCCUCUCAACUGGACACGAGCUUCUGUUAUUUAUCAAUGGAAUCACCAGCCCCUUUGGAGUUUCUUUCCCGCAGGCCUCUGGAGGCAUGCGUCUCUAUAAGAAUCAAUGUCUUCGGAAAGCUCUGGGGCUUGGUAUCAUGCAAAUCCUAUGCCCAAGGUGCCAGGUUAUUGCCUCCGUUGCAAAAGCUCUGCUGGCUUAUUAGCGACACUUUGUCAAGCAACAUCGAACGCCUAUCUUACACGCUACCCUUUCAAUUAGUGCAGCAGAACUCCCCUAGGGAAGUCGACAAGAGGGAGACUGUUCCAGGAAUUGAUAUCCUUAGCUUGUUUGGGGCCGACUACGCUGCCUCCUCGAUCAUGGGCGAAACAAAGAUACUCGGCAGGCCGUUUGAUUCAGGAGAGGUUCUUGCUAUCGUGGAAUACAUGAGGGCGAGAAAACUCGAUACGAUUGCUUGGUCAACGGAUGUCAACAAAGAUUUCCAAGACCUCCAUUAUCCCCCUGGUUUUCGAUAUGUGUCUAGUCUCCUUUUUAUUCCAUUGUCGGCUGAUGCUCGCAAUUUCAUUGUUUUCUUCCGGACCACCCAAUGGAGAGAAAUGACGUGGGUUGGGUGCUCAAACGGACCAGAGCCAAGCUGUACCCACGAAAAAGGCCAUGUCCCAUGUAGACCAGAUGCAUGGUCUGCUGUGGACCAGGGAAAAGCUUCUGUUCUUUCUUUGAUAUACAAAACAUUCGCUGAAGUAUGGCAGCAGAAGGAGACCGCCAUGCAAAACACGCAGCUCAUGAAACUUCUCCUUGCGAAUUGUGCUCACGAAUUCCGGACGCCCUUGAACGCGAUUAUCAACUAUCUGGAGAUUGCCCUGGAUGGCUCUUUGAGCCAGGAGACCCGCGAUAAUCUUUCCCGGUCGCACUCAGCUUCGAAAUCGCUCGUCUAUAUAAUCAACGACCUCUUGGAUCUAACGAAUGCGGAAAAUGGGCAAAGCCUGAUUAAGGAUGAAGUUUUCGAUUUAUCUGGGACUAUCAAAGAAGCGACACAUAUAUUCGGAGAGGAGGCCAAACAGAAGGCCGUUGAGCUGAACAUUGUCCAACACACCGACCUUCCCCGUGUUCUUGGAGAUCAACGACGAGUACGCCAAGUAAUAAUGAACCUGAUCAGCAACGCUGUGCAACACACAACCAACGGAUCAGUAGUUAUCGAGACUUGCCUUACUCCUGACACGACAAACUCCGACACCAUCGGCGUCGAAGUGGCUGUCCACGAUACAGGUUCGGGGAUGUCGCAGGAAGCCGUGGAAGCUCUGUUUUGCGAAUUGGAGGAGGUAUCGAACGAGGACUAUUUGCAAGACUCUAAAUGCUGCCGGAGUAAGGUUGACGACACCACGGGGGCCAAGAAUGUUCUUGGCCUAGGGCUGGCAUUGGUUGCCCGUAUUGUCCGCACUAUGGACGGACGGUUGACUGUGAAGUCGGAGCAGGGAGUCGGAAGUUCCUUUAAGAUUAAGCUCAGGUUUCCAUUGCCGUCUGAGUUGGCAAGUGACGGUGGCAGAAGCAAUGAUUCACGUCCAGCAACACUUGAAAGAAGGGAUAUCAAUCCUGCGAGACCUAAAUGCGAAAAUGAAUGCUCGACUCGCUACGGCGAGACUCAAAGUGAAAAACGCGGCGAUUCCAAUAUUGACAUUGCAGUGAGCACCGAGUCGUCUGAACUGGUUCACCAAUCCGUGAGCCCUACCAAAAAUAAACAGCCUGAUUCUGCGGGAACAGAAUCGUCUAUUAGAAUCGCAUCACCAUUACCAAAAGUAAAUAUAACUCAUAAAAACCUAUCGAAACCGGAUGCCAUUCCAGUCGACGGAGUCGCCAAGCCAGACCCAGAUUCAGCAGAACAAACCGAGAAACCCUCGAGCACUGCCCAUCCCGAACCAAAAUCUACUCUACAUGUCUUAGUAGCUGAAGAUGAUCGCAUCAACAGCGCGAUCGUGCGGAAGAGACUCGAGAAGUUGGGGCAUACGGUGCACUUGACUGUGAACGGGAAAGAAUGCGCCACAGCGUACCAAGAGUGUCCUGAUUCAUUCGAUGCCGUGUUGAUGGACAUACAGAUGCCCAUCGUCGACGGCCACGGCGCCACGAAACUUAUACGCGAACACGAAGAGUCUUGUGACAGGAAAAUUCCCAUCUUUGCCGUGUCAGCAUCACUGAUGGAAAAGGAUAAGCAAAUGUACAUUGAUUCUGGAUUUGACGGUUGGAUUAUGAAACCGAUUGACUUUCAGCGGUUGAACCAUUUGCUCAGCGGGGUGUAUACAGAUCAUAUCCGCAAUGGCGAGGAUAGUAUUUAUAUCCCAGGAAAGUGGGAGAACGGUGGAUGGUUUGGGCAUGAUAUAGCAUGAUGUACGAUACGUAGAUGGUAUACACAACAACAAUGAACUAUAUACAACUGUACACUCUCCUCUGACUAGUAAUACUCCGGCAAGUCCCCAAAAUCCGGCACAUCAUCCCCACACCUAAAAG